AAGCGUCUCGACACCACCGCUUGUUGCGGAACGUCAGUCCCCCUUCGUCCGUCGAGCGGACGAUCCGUAUACACGCAACCUCCGUGUCAAUUUGUUUCGCGCCAAUCCGCUCACCGAGACGUCCACAACGUCAGUGUUGCAAGCUCUCUACUAACAUUUCGAACCACCGUCUGCUUUAACCGUAGUGACAUAACUUUUUAGUUACAAUGUUUGACACGGAAAAAUUUAUAAUGGCAAUAGAAGCUAGACCUUGCUUAUGGAAAACUGCAGAUGAAGGGUUUAAUAACCGCGUUCUCAGAAGGCUAGCUUGGGAUGAAAUUGCAAGGGAGGUAACCGAAAAUUGGGACACAUACUCGACCGGUAAAAAAGGAACUAUUGUGGAUGAAUUACAAAAGAAAUGGAGAAAUCUGAGAGACUAUCAUAUCAAAUUGAGAAAAAAACAUAAAGUAUUAAAGCGUAAAGCUAGCUAUUUAGACCUAUUAAACUUUCUAGAUGCCAAUAUGCAAGGUUCACACGAUAGCCCUCGGGUCAAAAGAAGACGUUCAGACACUGAUGAUAUGCAACCUCAAAUUAAAAGAAGUUGUUCUCAGUCUGAUGAUGAUAGCGAUGAGUACAACAAUGAUGAACAUAUUUCGACUGUCAGUCAUAUGGCAGAACCUACUUAUGAAAUUCCCGUCGAAAAUGACAUUACAUCUGAUCCAUUUCAAACAUCGGUAUUAACUAACAUGUCAAAUUUUAAUGAUGACCCAGACAGAAGCUUCCUUAUGUCAGUAUUACCUGACAUGAAAACAAUGAAUGAUAUACAAAAGUUUCAAUUCAAAUUGGAAACAAUGAAACUAAUAAAUAAAAUAAAAUACAAACUAGAAGAUACUAACACUGAAGAGAAUAUUGGCAAUGGUGAAAACAAGAGUUACACCCUAGUUGAACCAUUAAAUGAAUUUACACAAAACUAAAAGAAAAUACAAAAAUUUCAUUCUUAAUAUUUUUUAAUUAAUCAAAUAUUAAACGAAAAAUAAAUAAAAAAACAGUGAGACGAGAUGUAAAUAAUAAAUUUGUUGAUUCCAAAAUAAAUGAUAUUUUAAUUAUUGUAUGAUUUUAUUACCCACUCUUAUACAUUAAAUAUAAAUACAUAUUGAACUAUCAGAAUUCUUUCUGAUAAUUGUAGUCUGUAACAAUUUAGCUAGUUACGGUAAAUAACCGUGGUCGUACCAAAUAAUGAACCAAAAAUACACAAACAUUAUAUUAUCGUACGUAUGACAACACUGGCAGAAACGACGACGCAAUGCACUUAUCAAGGACAGUGAGAACUCGAUUAGAUUGCGCUACGCCUUACUUCAUAUGAAUGCGCUUCUAUUGAAUCAGUUUUGAACUAUUUUUUAAUUAUAUUGUUUUUAUAUGUCCACUAAUUAAUUGUAAUUGGUGCAGUUUUGACGACAGUAAAAUGCUAUACGAAAUAGUUUGUCAGUCAAUCAUGCCAAAACAACUGAAAGGAUUUUGAUGAAUUUUGGUAUUAGGUAUUAGCUGACUAAGAUAAUUUGUAUCCCAUUAAACAUUUCCCUAGGGACCAUGCGGGUGAAGCCGCUAGCGAAAGCUAGUGUGUUAUAAGAAACUAUUAACAGACUACGAAUCUUACCGUAGUAAAUCAAUAAUAACUUGUCGAAUAAAGUAAAUAAAAUUUAUCAAUUUUAAUAUAUAAGGACAUGACUUGCAGCUACAACUAUGUAGCAGAAUAAGCUUUACAGUUAACAUAAAGUUUGUUUUUACAUAUUCGACCGAUUUUAAUUUACAUAUUACUAAAUCUAUACUACCUUCCCACAUACAAACUUCUCAAAACUUGCUUUCAAACGCUUAGUACGCGAAUUACGGCUUUUUUAAAGCUCUCCACUAAAACUAUCCAAUUGACUAUUAUAGUAAAGAAUGUCUAAUGGCAUUAAGGCCGCCAUUUGUGCAAUUUUAUUAAUGUCAAUAAAUAAAUAAUCAUAAUAUUAUUGGGUCCAGUUAUUUUAGACUUUUUAACUACAUUUUCAGAGUCAAAACGUAACUGAGGUACAUGCAUGCUCUAGGAGAGAAUGGGCU